UUUUAGGGAUUGCGAAACUGUCAAAGUCAAACCCUAAUGAAUGAGUCUGACUGUACAUUUGUUUUAUUAACAUACAAAUAAACUAUUCCUGAGAUAUAUUUUUUUACAUAUAGCUAAAAUAGAAAAUAUCAAUACGAUAUUAACUUACAGUGAAAAGCAUAUUAAGUUACAAAAAUAUGGAGGAUAUUUUUCAGUGGUGUAGAGAAGGAAAUGCCCUGCAGGUGCGCGUUUGGCUGGAUGAUACGGAGCAUGAUAUGAAUCAAGGUGAUGAUCAUGGCUUCAGUCCCUUGCACUGGGCAUGUAAGGAGGGUCAUCUCAAGAUAGUUGAAAUGCUUAUCAGAAGAGGUGCAAGGAUUAAUGUAACGAACAUGGGAGAUGAUACACCCUUGCACUUGGCGGCAGCACAUGGACACAGGCCUAUUGUUCAAUUGCUCCUUCAAAACAGAGUGGAUGUGAAUUUCACAAACGAACAUGGCAACUCUCCAUUGCAUUAUGCUUGCUUUUGGGGAUACAGUGCAAUUGCCGAAGAUCUAGUUCUUGCUGGGGCUCUUGUGUCACUAGCUAAUAAGGAUGGGGAUACACCACUGGACAAAACAAGAGGACAACUUGUACAGCGACUACACGAGAUGGCUGUUAAUCAAGGGCAAGAUCUGAAGAAGAUACAGUUCAAGGACCAGUCGUGGUUGGGCUUGAAGACAAGAAGCCGUGAUGCAACUCUUUCCCGACAUAAAGGCAUUAAUAUCAACGAAUUGGCAUUGCACACGAGAAUCGCAGUAACACCAUCUGGUGAAACAUGGCGCGGCCGUUGGCAGAAAAACGAUAUAGUAGCGAAGAUAAUUGCAGUUCGUGAAUGCACUCCCCGCGUGCAGCGCGACUUUAACGAGGAGUUCCCCAAGCUGAGGAUAUUUUCCCACCCUAAUAUAUUACCUGUGGUGGGGUGCUGCGUGUCGCCGCCGUCGCUGGUGGUGAUCUCGCAGUACAUGUCGUGGGGCUCGCUGCACGCGCUGCUGCACGGCGGCGCGGGCGGGCGCGUGGUGGUGGACGCGGGCGCGGCCGUGCGCCUGGCGCGCGACGUGGCGGCCGGCAUGGCCUACCUGCACUCGCUGCAGCGCGACCGCGUGCUGCCCGCCUACCACCUCAACAGCAAGCACAUCAUGAUUGAUGAAGAUCUAACAGCCCGUAUCAACAUGGCGGAUGCAAAGUUUUCUUUCCAAGAGAGAGGACGUGUUUACGCACCGGCUUGGAUGGCACCCGAAGCUUUAUUAAAACCGAGUGCCAAAAGAAACUGGGAGGCCGCUGAUAUGUGGAGUUUUGCAGUGCUUUUAUGGGAGUUAGCGACUAGAGAGGUCCCAUUCGCUGACCUAUCACCAAUGGAGUGCGGAAUGAAGAUAGCUCUAGAAGGCCUCAGGAUCACAAUUCCCCCGGGUAUCUCUCCCCACAUUUCGAAACUCAUCAAAAUCUGUAUGAACGAGGAUCCAGGUAAACGACCAUCAUUCGAAAUGAUAUUACCCAUUCUUGAGAAAAUGAAACGUUGAAAGAAGUUGAAUGAGUAAAGAAAUAUAAGUUAUAAAAAUGCCUAUUCAAUUUAAUAUGAAAACAUGAAUGUGCUUUAAUCGUUUUGUUGUAUGUAUGGUUGUUAAAAUAUUUUAAUCAAUGCAAUGUGUAACACUAUUUCUAACACGAUAUAUUGUUUUAAAAAUAACUUUAAAAUAUGGAAAUGAGAUCUAAUGUACACAUUGUAAGCAAUGUCAAUUUGUAGUUAAGGGAUAAAAAACUCCCUAGUAUUUUAAUUAGUUUAAAAGUUUUUGUGACUUCUGUUUCCUCCAUCCAAUAAACGUGAUACAUAAAGUGUUCCUCUCGCAUCAAUAUUUUGAGUUUUCGAUAGAUUUGAUUGAUUUUUACUUGUGGACAUUUCUUUACAAAAUCAAAGAACCAAUAUAAUAAAAUAAAUAAUGUCAAUAUAAAUAAGACUAGCUCACUACCUGGUAUUUAUAUAUAAACGCAUAAAAAUAUUCAAUUGAUUACCAUUGUAUUUACUCUGUGGAAAGUUGAAAAAAACUCAAAUAUCCACCGAUAUUUUUUAGUCUAUUUACAGUCUGCAUAAUGCGUAUACUAUCGAUCAUUGAAUAUCAAUGUUUAAGAAAUAUUUCUAUUUAUCUAUUUUACUCCAUUUUUCUAAACACAAAUACAUCUGAAAUUGAGAAAAAACACCUUAUAAAAUACUUUACAAAAUAUUUUUAAUAUAACUUUAAAAUAAGAUAAUUAGUUUUAAGAUAGAUUAACAUCGUAAAUGAUCCAAUACAUUCAUAAUGUUCUGUUUUAAUAUUUAUAUACAUUUUUUUUACAAUUGAUAACAAUUAAAAGAAUUCAGUUCUUGAAAAAAAAGAUAGGUUUAAACAAAAAGGUUAUUAUAAAAAUAUAUUUAUCAGUUCUUUUAGUAGUAGUAUAAAAUGGAUUUGCUUAACUUUUUUUCAAAUUCAAUUUAAUAAAGUUAAACAAAACCAAUUUUCAAUAUAUUUUUACGUUAAAAUAAUGUACACAUCAAAUCGUUCAAAAGAUUAUAUUUUUCUUUAAGUGCUCGAAGAUUAAUCUCCCACUAGUGCCAUACAAGACUAUAGUCGAUUACAAAAUGAAAUAAUGUACAGAGUCUAUAUUUAAAUGCUUCACUGCACUGCCAGUAUUUUUCGUUGUUAGUGUUUAGGUUGUGUUUUUAUUUUUGUGAUUUAUAUAUUUUCUAAUACGGUUAUCCAUUUUACAAUUAUACACAGGCAUCAUAUAACUAUUAUUUUAUCUUAUGAAUGUAUUAUAAAAAGGUGCUAGUUAAAUAAAUAUGUUGAUAUAUAUUAAUAAUUUUUGAAAUUUGUUCAAUGUGCCUUAUGAUAAUAAUGAUAACAUAUAUAAUAUAAAUACUAUUUCUUUGACUUCGUAAAAAUAUAUUUCAACUAAAAUAUUUAAAUAAUUUGUAAAAGAAAAUGUUAAA